ACGCUCACUACCGACCCGCAUCGUCAUAACAUCAUCCUGACACCCCAAGCGCUACCCAGUAACAUGGCUUCGAGACAGCCAAAACCCAGCCAGAGCCCUAUGGACCGGCGGAAAGGCGAGAGCGCUCUCAGCGACUUCGCCGAUUAUGUGCAGAAGCAGCAAGCGUUGCGCCGCCCUCCCGGCCAAACCCCCGCUAUCGAAGAUCAAGACGAGGCCGACGAGCUUAGCAUUCUGGACCAGUUGGGUCUGACCGACGAUGCCUCUGCCCGCGUCCGACUUAAGACGCUGCUGCUAGACCCUACUGAGGAGCAUACCGACGCGCUCGCCGAACAUGUAAAGGCGCGGCUAGAUGAGGGACACGGUGAGGCGCUUUUUGACGUAGGUCUCGAGGAUAGUGGUGAUUCGAUGGCUUUCUCAAAAGAAGACUGGGGAACCGCACUGAAACGACUGGAUGCGGCAUGCGAAAUUGCCAAGGCCGACUAUAAACUGUUGAUGACAAGAAACGUGGGAGCAGUUGAUGAACUGGAGGUCGGACCAAGAGACAAGCAAGAUACGGGUGCAAGCGGGAAGCUGAUAUUGCGGCGGCGGCCAGAGUCAGUAGACGAUGUCAUUGAAACUCGAAUAGCAGUCGUCGGAAAUGUUGAUGCGGGGAAAAGUACCAUGUUGGGAGUUCUAGUCAAGGGUGGCCUAGAUGACGGUCGCGGAAAAGCGCGUGUGAACCUCUUCCGCCACAAACAUGAGAUUGAGAGUGGCCGGACCAGCUCAGUCGGAAUGGAGAUCAUGGGAUUCGACAGCAAGGGCGAGAUCGUGGUUUCUAAUGUCUCGGGUCGCAAACUUACUUGGGAAGAGAUUGGUCGACGUUCGGCUAAAGUAAUUGGCUUCACUGACCUGGCAGGUCACGAGAAGUAUCUCCGGACCACUGUGUUUGGCCUGUUGUCCAGCGAGCCCAACUACUGCCUACUUAUGGUUGCGGCGAACAAUGGCCUGGUCGGUAUGAGCAAGGAGCAUCUAGGCAUUGCUUUGGCGCUCAACGUGCCUGUCAUGGUCGUCAUCACCAAAAUCGACAUAUGCCCGCCCCAGAUAUUGGAGCAAACAAUCACGCAGUUGACCAAGAUUCUCAAGUCACCCGGCGCUCGAAAAAUUCCUAUUUUCAUCAAGAAUCGCGAGGAGUGCAUCAACACGGCUACGCAGUUCGUCUCGCGUAGGAUAUGUCCCAUCUUUCAAGUGUCCAACGUCACAGGUCAUAAUCUGGACUUGGUCCGCACAUUUUUGAACAUCCUCCCGCACCAUGGGAACUAUGACAGCUCCGCUCCAUUGGAAUUUCAUGUCAACGACACCUUCUCUGUACCAUUCGUAGGCACCGUGGUCUCAGGCGUUGUCAAGUCGGGUGUAAUACACACUGGCGAUACUAUAUUAGUUGGACCGGACAGCUUGGGACAGUUCACCACGUCCAAAGUCCGUUCGAUCGAGCGAAAACGAAUCCAGGUACCUGGCUGUUCGGCUGGGCAAUCCGGCAGUCUCGCACUGCGCAAUGUCCGGCGGAAAGACGUACGAAAAGGUAUGGUCGUUCUGCACAAAGCAGACAAACCUGACCCCACGACUGGUACCAUUCCCAUGCCCAAGGUGUAUCGCGAGUUCGUUGCCGAAGUGUUGAUCCUCUCUCAUGCCACUACCAUUAAGACAAAGUACCAAGCUAUGUUGCAUGUUGGUCCCGUUUCGCAGACAUGCGCCAUCAUCGACAUUGAUCGCCAGUACAUUCGUACCGGUGACCGGGCGCUUGUGGCAUUCAGGUUCGUACAGAGACCUGAGUAUCUGACCAUCGGCGAUCGAAUACUCUUCCGCGAAGGCAGGACAAAAGGAUUGGGUAUAGUGAAGAGGGUGGGAUACGAUUCAAAGCAGCCGCUCAAUCCCGAGGCGUCCAAGCCGGUUGAAAGCAAUGCUGGUGGUGGUAAAUGA